AUGGGCUUGCGCGUUGUCAGAGUCGACGCUGCCGAUCAAGGCCUUCGGCUUGCCGAGUCGAUGGGAACAAGUGCCGUUGUCGUCGAACCUCGAUCCCAGAACGCCCUGGAGACAGUCCAGCAGCUCGCAAAGCACCACCAGCUUUCCGGGCUUGACGCUGCUAUCAUCUUGCCGGAGAGACAACGGGCGUUCGGCUACGGAAUCAGCCUUGUCAAAAAUCAUGGUCGCUGUGUCGUCGUGUCUUUCCCCAAGCGUGGCUUCACAUUCAGCGGCAUGGAUGUCGUCUUCCGAGACAUAUCUAUUGUCAGCAGCCUCGUUGGAAGCAAUAAAACCUCGAAUGAAAUGCUAGAGUUCGCAGCUGACCACGACAUUAAGCCAGCCCUCAAGAUGUAUGGGUUCCAAGACCUCAAUUAG